UCACGGCUAUGCAAAUCAAUACUUCCUCCGCCUUCCUUUCUCUGCAGCUAGGGCAGCUGACUUUAAUUAUUCUUCCAAGGAAUUCCCCUAAUUUAACAGUAUUUAGUGACCUCUCCUAUGAAAACUAUCGCCACUCUUCCUGUUUCCAGCCUCGUGUCAGAGCUACUACUGACCAUAAUUGCAGCUGAAACAAGAAGGAAAUGAGUUGGCUCCGUGCUCACUUCAGAGACAGAGGUCCUCGCAGAGGACCCUCUUCAGAGACAGAAGCAAUGAAAAGGCAGAACUCUGCUCAGGAGCAUGAAAUUAUUGAAUUACAAGAACAAAAUGUGGAGGAAAGUGAGACUGAUCGUGGCAAGCCUCUAAAUGCUCAAAUGAGAAAGGAGAAAGAUCCCUGGAAAUCAUGCAGGAAUGUAGUUUUCUGGAAGUGUAAACUAUGGAUGCUUAUAGCUACGAUAUUUCUAGUGCUCAUCCUGGUCAUUCUCAUCAGCCUAAUUCUUUAUUCUAAUGUUUACACAGAUGAGGAUGACUACUGGGAUCCUGAAGAAUUACUAAGCAAUGGAAAUUUUCACAAUUUUUCAGGAACAUUGGAGUUAAUGUGUAGUCUCCCACACUUCUCCACCAAGGAUGUUACUAAGAGGCUAACAGAUGUCUACAGCUCAUCUCCAGCUUUAGGACGAUACUUUAGGUCAGCUCAGGUGCUUUCUUUCAGUAAUGAAAGCUCCACUGUAAUUUAUCAGCUAGUGUUUUCUAUACCACCAUCAACAGAGGGAUUUAUGGAAAACAAUAUGAAUCCAGAUUUUAUAAGGAACAUUUUGCGUCAAAAUAUUUAUGAUGAAGAUACUCUUAAUCCUGAGACAUCUGAAUGUGACAGGUUAAAGCUCGACCCAACUUCUCUCACAUAAAUUAUGGAAAGGUUCCUCAUCUCCAUCACCACCUAGAAGAGAUGGGAUUCCCUAUCUAUAAGCAAUCCCAGGGCAGGAACUAUUCAUUAGGUAGAACCACUUCUAAAAUUGUUGUCCUAGAAAUACUGCCUGUGGUGCAAUACUGUAAAUGGAAAAUGUGGUCUAUUUAUGGCAGUGUUGUAUAGCACCACAACCUCCUUCUUCUAUAUCUCAAUAAUCUGUUUCACCCUUGAGAAGAUCAUGUAUUUGAUGCAUGCUCUGUGGGCUUUGAAAGCUCUGCCUUGUCUUGCCUUAUGAUUAAAUCUGAUUACUCUGCAUAAGCCUUAAAAGCAGUUUUGCACAUAGCUCCUUUCUUUACCCUUGGCUUAUGCAAAAUUAUCUGUAUAGUUUCAUCCUCAAUGUUCACUUCCACUCAAACUCAUAUCUGUUAUUUUUUUCCCUCCAAACUUCAUAUGCUACAUUUACUUGUUGCUCUUUCCUUGUAAAACAGCCUGAAAACCUAAAAAUAUAUAUGUAUACAUGUGUAUGUAUAUAUAUAUAUAGGUAUUUUUAUUCUUUAAUUACAUGCAAGGCCUUUGCGCUGGCUUAAGACUGCUUUAGCUCCCAUAAUUUCUUUAUUCUUCCUACAGUCUCCUUGAAUAAGGCGCUCUUUGCUCUGUUUUUCUCUUCUUCAAUGUGAAAAUGAAAGCAGAAAGCAACAGCAUGAAGAGACAUAUCUUGUUCACUAACACAGCUGAAUGUCGCAGGAAUAUUUAAAGGGUCGAAUUAUCAGUGUGCUUUUACAGUUAGCUACUACUACUAGUGAUACUUGAUCUGUUUUUGUAAAUCUGAAGACUAGUCUACAUCCUUAAUUAUAGCUCCUGCCCAGCACUGGUGAUAAAAAUGAACAUUUGUAAGGUAUUUGCCUUAAUAAGGCAGUAAAUAGUUGUUCUUGUUGAUGAGAGACCAGAUGAGAUGAAUCAGUGCAAAGAGGAAGGUGCUGAAGCAGAAGAUGUAGGCCAACAUGGCACAAAGUUACAGACAGUAACUGGCUAUAACAUAAAAAUUAAGCAUUAACUUUAUGCAGAAUGGAACAUAUUCACUACCAUGUGAGUGAAGUGUAUCUUGUAAUUUUUUUUAUAGUCUUAUAAAUGUUAGUACCGUUGCAUAGAACUUUUAUUUUAAGAAGCAUUUUGUAUUAUAAGAAAUAUGCAAUGGAAAUUUGUUUUUCUCUUUCUAAUAUUACUAGUUUAUUUAAGGAGUAAUCUGACAAUGUUGUUGUGCAUUAAAUUAUUUAUUUUUACUCUUAA